UUUUAAUUUCAUGCUUAUUUAAAACAAAGGAUAAUGUCAAAGAAUAAAGCAUUCAUACUUGCUUUUCAGUUAUGCCUGCACAUGUUUUCUACUCAUGAAAAAACCCACAGCUAGUGUGAAGUAUAGCUGCUUUAGUAGGAUAAGAAUAGGUAAAAAAUUCCAAAAUAGGAGCAAGAGUUAGGUCUUGGUCAUUGUUAAGUCACAUAUUCAUUCAUCCAUGUCUUUGAAACAGAUAACUUAUAUUGUCGCAAAAUACAAUUACAUUUAUAAGAACAAAUUGGUUUAUAUCAAUCAUUUUUUAGCUCAAGAAUCUCCAUCAAUUAAGUUUCUUUAUUGUUUUAAAUUGAGUACCCAAAAAAACAGUCAAUAAGACGUUAGAUUUUGUAUUGCGUUAAACACGAUAGCAAAUGAGCGCCUAGAAUGUACGUAGAAAUAGAUGAAACAAAAAAUUUUCUUGUUCGCUUGUAACAAAUAACAGUCGAUGUUAAUUCACAGAUACUCUAUCAACGCUUCUAAAAGAACCACUACGUUUCCUGUGAUUAAUCCAAAGUUGGGAUUGAAAAGUUCCACUGAAGGAAAGUUGAAAAUAAUAAUCAAGAGCUCAAACAAAUAUUUGCCGUAUCACGAGAAGAGAUGGGGAUAUGGGCGUCACAACCAGCAGCUAUGCAGUCCUUGGAAGAUGGAAAUUCUAAUAUGAAAAAUGGCGCUUACGAAAGGGCAAUUAAACACUACCAAGAAUGUUUGGAAGUUACAAACGAAAUUAGCGUCAAAAUAAUGGCGUUCUUUGGUCUUGGUAACGCUUAUACUCUCUCUGAUGAACGGAAGGAAGCAAUAAACUGCUUUAAUGAUUGCUUGAACUUUUCAUCAAAAGUGGAAAUGAAAUAUUUUCAACAUCAAAUAUACCUCGGGUUGGGGAGUAUUUAUUGUACCACUAAAAGAUUGCAGGAAGGCAUAAAGAAAGAUGAAAUGGACUGUCUUUGUCAUAUUGCAUUAGGAGGAUUGAAUAAGUUGCUUGGAAAUUAUGAGAAAUCUCUUGAGCAUUACAAAAAAGGAUUUAAUCUUCUUGAAUGUCAACACCAACAGGAAAUGCAAAAAGAAAAUCAACUAGGAAACCAACAGGUACAACAACAAGAACAAGAACAAAAUAAACGUCGACUACGACGUCAAAAAAAAGUUGGUGGUAUUAACGUUAGUAAAGAUUUCGCUGACCAUUACUUGAAGAACUUGUCAAUUGUUACUUCUGCUGGAAUUGUAAGUGAAGUGUUGGCUGUUUAUUGGGAAUUAGCUGAAUUGUUUGAUAAACUUGAAGAUUGGAGUGAAGCAAUACAAAUUUAUGAAAUUUAUUUGGAGAUUGUUACCAAUGGCAAGGAUAUGGAGAAACAAAAAAUUGCCAUGCAGUGUCUAAUGCAAAUAUACGAAAAGGAAGGACGUCAUUACUUAAAGGAUUCAAUAGAACUGAAAUUACAAGACCUCGAUAGGAAAAAGAAGAAUAAAGAAUUGCAGUUACAAGAAUGGAAAUACCUUGGUGAAUCAACAAAACAUAAAGAAUCAUUCCAAAGACUUAUUGAGUAUGGGCGUGAUCCCAGCAUCAAGGUUGAUUAUGUGGGUGAUGUAUGUGUAAUUUUCUCUGAAGAGUUUUGUAUCGGCAAAGGAAGUGAUGGAACACGUGUUUAUCUUGGACUUGGAAAAGAUGGUUACGGUAAAGCAGUGAAACGAAUACGACGAGAUAACAAUCUUGCUCUGCAAGAAAACACAAUUUUUAAUGAAAGCAAUGCACAGGAGUCGGAGUAUGUUGUAAAUUAUUCUUACUUAGAACAAGAGAGUGGAACAGAAUAUGUAUAUUUAAUACUUGACCUGUGUGAAGAAUCAUUGCAGGAUUUUGUACUGUCAGAAGCAAAUUCUUCGACUUAUCUUCGAAAAACUCUUCCCGAAAUUCUCAGACAAAUUUUAAAAGGAUUAGCUGAUCUUCAUAGCGAGCCACGUCCUAUUCUUCAUCGAGAUUUAAAACCUUCAAAUGUUCUACGAGACGCACAAGGUAAAUUUUUAAUAGCCGACUUUGGUAUUAGUCGAAUAUUGAAGGAUGACCGUACGACAUAUUCAAGCAUUGCAAAAAGUGGCACUGAGUAUUGGAUUGCUCCGGAAUCGUAUUGUGUGAAGGGUCAGUCGAAAAAAAAAGCUCGUUUCAAAAGACAGUCAGAUGUAAUGAAUGCAGGAAUGGUGGCUUAUUAUGUUGCAACAAAAGGAAAACAUCCUUUUGGACCUCCAGAGUAUAGACUAAAAAACUUGUUAGAUGGAAACCCUGUUGGCUUAGAGGAAAUCGACAAUGUUCAACUUAAAGAUCUACUUUUAUGGAUGCUACAACUUGUACCUGAACUCAGACCAUCUGCCAACGAGGCGUUAAAACACCCUUAUCUUCAAUCCUAUGAGAAAAACUUUGAUAUGCUGUGUGAUGUGGCAAACCAACCAGGGAUAGAGAUACCGUAUUUAGGUCAUCCUCUAAACUCAGAUGUGCAUGAGCAGUUAAAUGGUCUAAAAAAUUGGAUGGACCGUAUUGAACCCGAAGUUUUUAGUAAUUUCAAUAAAACUGAAUACGACUCCACAUGGUUGGGUUGCUUAAAAUUUUUGCAAAACUUUCACCAGAAUCCACCUGAUAAACCACUCAUACAUAUCAAGAAAGGCAACUAUGAAGAGUAUUUCUUACGAGCUUUCCCAGAGCUUCCUCUGUUGGUGCAUAGAAUCACAAGGUUUAAUGAUUGGAAAACAAAACCUGAUCUUGAAGAACAUUUUACAAACUUGGUGUGGCCAGAGUGGAAAUAUAUUGAUGAAUCAACACAACAUAGAGAGUUGUUUUUAAAAUUGAUCAAGUAUGGACGCGAUCCCAACGUCGUCAUUGAACAAGUGAACGAUGUAGGUGUAAUUUUCUCAGACGAGUUUUGCAUCGGCGAAGGAAGUAAUGAAACUCGUGUUUAUCUCGGACUCGGAAAAGAUGGUUACGGUAAAGCAGUGAAACGAAUGCUUAAAGAUAACUUCAUCAAUCUUGCACAGCAAGAAAAGAAAAUUUUAAAUGGAAUCAACCCUAAGGAGUCGAAUUAUGUUGUAAAUUAUUACCACUUAGAAGAAGAUACCGGAACUGAAUAUGUAUAUUUGAUACUCGACCUAUGUGAAGAAUCUCUAGAGAGUUUUGUGCAAUCUUCUAGUUUGUAUGAUCUUCAAAAAUCUCUUCCUAAAGUUCUCCGACAAACGCUAAAAGGAUUAGCUGAUCUUCAUAGUGGUUCUAUUCUUCAUCGAGAUUUGAAACCUUCCAAUGUUCUCCGUAACUCACAGAGCAAAUUUUUGCUAGCUGACUUUGGUAUUAGUCGAAUGAUGAAGAAUGACUCCAAGAGAUUUAAAAGCAAUGCUAAAUGGGAAACUGAGUAUUGGAUUGCUCCUGAAUCUUAUAGUGAAGAGGAUGAAUCAGUUAAUAAUUCAUGUUACCAAAAAAAGUCUGAUGUAAUGAAUGCAGGAAUGGUGGCUUAUUAUGUUGCCACAAAAGGGAAACAUCCUUUUGGGCCUCCAGAGUAUAGACUGAAAAACUUGUUAGAUGGAAACCCUGUUGGCUUAAAGGAAAUCGACGAUGUUCAACUUAAAGAUCUACUUUCGUGGAUGCUACAACUUGUACCUGAGCUAAGACCAUCUGCCAACGAAGCGUUAAAACACCCUUAUCUACAAUCCUAUGAGAAGAACUUUGAUAUGCUGUGUGAUGUGGCAAACCAACCAGGGAUAGAGAUACCGUAUUUAGGUCAUCCUCUUAACUCAGAUGUGCAUGAGCAGUUAAAUGGUCUAAAAAAUUGGAUGGACCGUAUUGAACCCGAAGUUUUUAGUAAUUUCAAUAAAAGUCAAUACGACUCCACAUGGUUGGGUUGCUUAAAAUUUUUGCAAAACGUUCGCCAGAAUCAGCCUGAUAAACCACUCAUACAUAUCAAGAAAGGCAACUAUGAAGAGUAUUUCUUACGAGCUUUCCCAGAGCUUCCUCUGUUGGUGCAUAGAUGCACAAGGCUUAAUGAUUGGAAAACAAAACCUGAUCUUGAAGAACAUUUUACAAAUACCAUGAAGCUAGCAGAUCUUCAGGUGCUCAAAAUGAAUGUCAGAGAAAGUUUAAAAGAUCUUAAUUUCAAAGAAAAUAGUUUCAUUCUGAUAGCGAACAAAGUUUCUCAAGAGUACAGAGCCUCAAAUACUUUGGCAUUUUUAAAGAAGAUACCUUGGAUCGCAGUACUCGAUUUGUUUGACUUAAAAACAGAAGAAGAUGGCCUUUAUUAUAUUGCUAAUGAAACAAAUGACCUUGCUAGACCAAUAAAAAAAGAUUUAAGUGACUUCAGUGAUUCGAAAAAAAAUGAAGAGCUCUUAAAAGUUGAUACCGCUUGGAUUACUCGUAGUAAAGAGUUGCACGAGGAAAACUGGACAAAAUGUUCGAAAGACUUGGUUUACAAAGCGUUAACAGCCUUCUGUGACUGCCCUACGGGUCAUCCACAUUGUGUUUUUUUGAUAAUGGGAGACACCAAUUUGAAAGAAAUGGCUUCUAUUAUCGAGGCAUCGUUCAGCAUUAUUCAUGCAAACGACACUCAUAAGCAUAUCAGUGUCAUACCAGAGAAGAAAGAAACUAGAGAAAAGUUGAUAAAACUUUUAGAUGAUGACAUUAAUAAGGAGAUAAAACCUUCAUGCUCUGGUUUCGGAAUUCCAAUGAAUCUUCUUAAAACUGUGGCUAUGGAGCUACUUGGAGCAGACGAACUCGAAGGGCCUGACACAACUGUGGAGCUACCGUUUAUCUACCAUGGUCAUCAUUGUCUUGUGCGCAAUAAAAGGAUUCAGUCGCUUACAGAUUUGGAAAUUUAUCUACCACAGCCUAGACUAAGUGAUAAUUUAGAAGAUAUGAAAAAGGCAAAAGAAAAUUUCUACAAAGGUAAUGCUAUCAGUCAAAUGAAUCUCUUUAACGAGGAUGCAAUUAUUCGAACUCUGGAAACCAAUCUGAGCAGUUGUGUCGAAGAAAGUUUGCAAAAUUUGUCAUCUCUUGAUAAAAGUGAGGUUUUUGUCGAAACAGUGACUUUGAAAUAUGAAUCGGGCUCAGGAGCAACAACUCUUGGAAGGCAGAUUUUAUGGCAAAAAAGAGAAACUUACAGAUGUGCUGUUGUGAAAAAGAUAACUGAGACAACAGAUCAUCAAAUCAACCAGUUGUACAAAUUUCAAUAUGAAACUUCUGACUUUGACCCUUUUCAAAUUCCACCGGUUUUAGUACUCGUUGACAACUUUCCUGAACAACAAUUGCAUCGCUUAAUCGACAAACUGAUAAGGAGUAAAACCAAAUGUCUUCUUCUAAAUACGGUACCAGUCGGCAAGCAAACUAAUAUUGAAGACGAUAAUUUAACCCUAGGAAAGCUGGAUGAUACUGAAAGAUGUCUUGUGCGUAAGGCUCUUGAUACCUUGGAAAAUGAGGACAUAACAAAGGCAGUCAAAGUUCUAAGCCGCGAACGAAGAUUUGUGUGGCUUGGGUUGGAGCUUUUUGGACGAGAAUAUGCUGACAUAAAAGGACGUUUGGCAAAACACAUUGAUCAAGUUCUAUCGUCAAUGGAUCAACUGAAUGAUGCGUAUCAGAUGAUUUUACAUUUCUGCUGUUUGUUAGACUGCUACAGCCAGCGCCGAUCUUUAUUCCCUCAGCCAUGCGUUGAAGCCAUUCUCUGUCUGAAAAGUAAAACGAAAGCAAUUCAUGACCAGUUUGGCGGACUCUUAUUGUUUGAUACUAAUAAAUCAAUGGGAUGCAGUGGAUGGCGACCAGCCCAUUCGCUAGUAGGAGAGGUUGUCCGUGAAAAAAUUGAUCUGGUUGACACUGCAAAAAGGUUAAUCGACCAAAUAAAGAAUAAAAGCACAUAUGUAAACAAGUAUUUGACGGAAGAAAUCGUAACUGUUUUUCUACAGCGCGAGAAAAUUGCUGAAGACCAAUUUGGUGAUAAUGACAGUGAUAACAGUGAAGAUGAACUAGUCGGCAUAUUACAACUAAGGAAAAAAUACUCGCAACUAAUAUUGGACGUGCUAGCAAGCAAAGAGGUAAAGAACAUACGGAAUGCACUGGAUCUUUUGAUCACGUUAAAUGAAAAAGUUGAAACCACUCAGCAUAAAGCACACACUUUUCAACAGGUUGCCAGAAUGUUUGCCUACGAAAUUGGAAUGAAUCAAAAUGCUGAAGAGCUUUUUCCCAUUAUAGAACGUUUGAAUGAGAUAGUUAAAUCGUAUGGCCCCUCGUCUGACUCUUUAGGAAAUGGGUUUGAUAUUGCUCACAGAGUAAUCGAUGAAUCAAUAAAACUGCAACCGUCACAUCUCCAUCAUUUUGUAACGAAAGCAACAUUUUACAGAAGCCAACUUAAAUAUCUUCUCGAACAAGUCGAAAAGAAAUCGUUAGAAAUUGAAAAUUUAAAAUCCCUGAUCGAGGAUGCAAUUAAUACAACAAGAAAAGGAAUUGAUUUGUUUGACGGUACAUUACAAACAAAUAAUCGGGACAGCUAUUUGCAUGCCAUGAUAGGAAAAGUUCACACAAUAGUCGUCGUUGUAGAGAUGUUCAAGAGUUUGCCUUAUUUUGUGCAUCAUAGUGCUGGUCCCGAUGAAAGUUUUAGAGAGUACCUGACAUUUCAUCAACAUCCCAAACAGCUUACUGUCUUAAUACACGAAAAAAACCUUGAUUACUUUAUUUCUCUUACAAAGAGUGCUGUUCAAAAUUUCAACGACUUUUUUGGAGAAAUAAAGGUCCGGCGUAAGCUUUCAUUUAAAAAGCAUGAACUGAAGGAAUUAGAAAAGCCCAAAUCCGACUAA